ACGGGGGGCAGGGGAGGCUGAGGAGGAGGAGGAGGGACACGAUAGGAACGCUGUCUCAUAAAGGAGGGAUUUUCUCUCUUUUUCACCCUCUCUAUCCGUCCCUCGUUCCUUUUUCUUUUUUUUUUUUUAAUCAUCAUGGCCGCUAAGUCAGACGGGAUGGUGAAUAUGAAGAAAAGCGACGUUGCUUUUACCCCAUUGCAGAACUCGGAUCACUCAGGCUCCGCGCAAGGUUUGGCUACAGGGUCGCAGCCGGGAUCCGCGACCGGGGACGGAGGCUGCUCGGACGGGGGCUCCCGGUGUUGCUGCAGUGGCGGUAAUAGCAGGGCUCGAGUUGCAGGCGGCGGAGGAGUCGGGGGUGCGUCUUCCUCGCUGUGUCUGCGACUGGGGAGGGAGCAGCAGAGAUACUCGCUAUGGGAUUUCUUAUGGAUUCUGGCCGCUGUGACCGUCUACUUUGCAGACGUGGGGAGCGACAUUUGGCUGUCAGUCGACUAUUACCUGCGGGGCCAGCGCUGGUGGUUCGGCUUGACCUUGUUCUUUGUGCUGCUGGGCUCGCUCUCUGUGCAGGUCUUCAGCUUCAGGUGGUUCGUGCACGAUUUCAGCACCGAGAACAGCUCCCAGUGCAAUCCUAUAGAGAGCAAAGCGGCCGCCGGCUCUACUGCUGUUGCAGCCUGUGAGGGGGAUGCGCGACCCUCCACUCCUCAGAGACAGGCUUCCACCGCCAGCAGCAGCAAGCCCUCCAACACUGGCACUAACACCGGCACUAACACCAACACCGGCACCAACAGGGCGAACAGCAGGGACAGGUCUUCCUCCUGCUCCUUCUGCAUCUUGUUCAUGCAGUCACUCAUCCAUAUCCUGCAGCUUGGACAGAUCUGGAGGUAUUUUAAUACUAUCUACUUGGGAAUUCGAAGUAGACGAAGUGGAGAGAAUGACAGGUGGCGGUUCUAUUGGAAGAUGGUAUAUGAAUAUGCAGAUGUCAGCAUGCUGCACUUGCUGGCCACAUUCCUGGAAAGCGCUCCUCAACUGGUCCUUCAGCUGUGCAUCGUGGUGCAGACUCGCAGCUUACAGGCUCUUCAAGGUCUUACUGCAGCUGCAUCUCUUGUAUCCUUGGCCUGGGCGCUUGCAUCCUAUCAAAAAGCAUUACGCGAUUCCAGAGAUGAUAAGAAACCGAUCAGUUACAUGGCUGUUAUUAUCCAGUUUUGCUGGCACUUCUUUACCAUUGCAGCAAGAGUAAUAACAUUUGCUCUUUUUGCUUCGGUUUUUCAACUCUACUUUGGAAUAUUCAUCGUCCUUCACUGGUGCAUCAUGACCUUCUGGAUUGUCCAUUGUGAGACAGAAUUCUGUAUCACAAAGUGGGAGGAGAUUGUGUUUGAUAUGGUGGUUGGAAUUAUCUAUAUCUUUAGCUGGUUUAAUGUCAAGGAAGGAAGGACACGGUGCAGGCUGUUUAUAUAUUAUUUUGUCAUUCUCCUUGAAAACACUGCCUUGAGUACCCUUUGGUACCUGUACAAGUCCCCCCAAAUCUUGGAUGCGUUUGCUAUACCAGCACUGUGUGUAGUGUUUAGUAGCUUUUUAACAGGUAUUGUUUUUAUGUUGAUGUACUAUGCCUUCUUUCAUCCUAAUGGACCUAGAUUUGGGCAAUCGCCAAGCUGUGCUUGUGAAGACACUGUAACUGCCUUUCCUUUGCCCCCUGAAGGGGCCUCAAACACUCUUAGGUCAAUGUCCAACAACCGUAGUGUGGCUAGUGAUCGAGAUCAGAAAUUUGCUGAAAGAGACGGCUGCAUGCCAGUCUUUCAAGUAAGGCAUACAGCUCCAUCUACACCAUCAUCAAGGCCACCAAGGAUUGAGGAAUCAGUUAUUAAAAUCGACCUGUUUAGAAACAGGUAUCCAGCCUGGGAGAGGCAUGUGUUGGAUAGAAGCCUGCGUAAGGCAAUUUUAGCUUUUGAAUGUUCUCCUUCUCCUCCCAGGCUUCAAUAUAAAGACGAUGCGCUUAUCCAGGAGCGUCUGGAAUAUGAAACCACAUUGUAACAGAAAAAGACUUUCAAGAGCUGCAACUUAAUGUUGAAUAUCAGCAGAUUAGUGGCAAUGACUAAACUGCGUAAUUCCUACAGAUACUGGCCGACAAGCCAUGACUUCCAGGGUCAAGGCGGAAAAUUUAAAGGUGGCUAUUCAUCAUGAUUAUCAUUCUUUCUACUGCUGCAAGAUGUCUGAAGAAUAAAUACAGUUUCUGUUGUCUUCUGUGAGGAAAGGAGUUUAAAUGAAAACCAGUUAACAGUGUGAUGCCUCGUACUGUGGAAAAUGGCACUCAAAUGCCACCAUUGAUUCAGGAGAAGCAAAUAUGAAGGUGGCAAAACUCAUUUGAGUCUCAGCAAGUCCAAUUGGAAGCCACUGUUGCUUUUUAAACUACUACCAAAGUUUUGAGGGCUCAUUUAGUAUAAUACUUUGCAGAACUUUUCUAGCUCACAUUUUUUUAUUCGGGUAAAAUUCUAAAAGGAAAAAAAGGAAACAGAAAUCCAUUCAGCAUCUUUUAUGAAUUCAGUUUAUUUUUAAUAUUCACAUUUUAUUUAAGUAGGUACACGUCAAGGUCAGUUCUAGAUCAUGAAUAUGGCACAAUGAUGACGAAAUCCAGGUUUUACUUUUUCUAUAGUUAUACUUUUUUUGUAUGUGUAAAUUGUAGAUAGCCAGCAGUUGGCUCAUUUUUGCUAACUUGGUUAAAUAGCACCAAAAACCAUUGCAGUCAUACUGUGUUUCAGCUUAAGUUCCUCCAGCUUUAGAGAUCCAGCAGAUGUAGUAAGACGUGUUUUGAAAGUCUUGUAACAGCAACAAAAAUAUUCAUUUGCAAUCAAGAGACAGAUUGAAUGAUGCAAUAGCGCUGAGAAAAUGAAAAAUGAUAAUCAUGAUGACAUAUCCCGUCAGCAAAACAUUUUCAGAGGGACUUUUAAGGAAAUAAGCAAUUAGUUAUCUGUAUGAAUAAAGGAGAUGAGAUUCAGGACUCUGAAUGCAUGGCUCAAAGUGACUUUUUACAGGUAUGAUAGAAAACAAAUGCCAUACCCUUCUAGUGCCAAACAAAACAUAUUGGUCAUGAUUGCUCUUGUUGCCUGAGAAACACAGAUUAAUGUGGUAUGACGAGCCAUGCAAGAGUAUGAAGCAAGAAGGAAAUGUACAGACAGCUCACUUUUUUAUAUCUAUACCCUAAGUAAAAUGAUGUGUCUUUUAGAGGCCCAUGGGCCGUCGAUUAGUUAGUAUACACAGUGCCGUAGAAUAAACUACAACAUUUGUGGAAUACCAUCUUGAUCCUCCUCAAGACUCGUUUUCAUAUUAAUAGAACACCACAAUGAAACAAAAGGAAGACAGUGCUUUGCUGCUGCAGUUAUUUCAUUUUGAUUUCCUCCUUCUUUACAAUUAUUGUCAUGUUUAAGAGUAGUCCCCAAUGGUGCUUUCAUUUGCAUUACAAAGUCAAAAAAAGGUUUUUUGUGCAGAAGUGAAAUAAAUCAUGAAUUAGUUUAAUAUUUUUGUAUUGUAAGAUAUGGUUUACAAAAAGGUGUUACUUUUUUUAUAGACCUCGGACCUUUUCAUACAUAGCAUACCCAAACCUAUACAACAACUAAAACAUAUGAAGUCUGUAUGCUACAACAUUUACAGCUGAAUUCAAUAUUUUUUAAUGUGAAACAAUUACAUUUUUGCAGCAAAAAAAAAAAAAUGCUCCCUGAAGGCAUGCGGGAGCAAUUUUAUCUAAAAAUGGGGGGAACUGUGCAAUUCAUAAUGGGCUAAAAAUGUCUUAUCAUUCAAAUCCCCAUAGUACAUAUUGACUGACAUAUGUUGUUACAUCUUUCGGCCAAGAUUGCUGUAUUGUCUAAGCUUAUCAGAGAAGAUAUUGAUCUUAUAAUGCAAGAAGGUUGUGUAAGAGUAGGGGGCAAAUGUUUUUCAUGAAUUCUACUCAUAGAAUAACAUAGCAUGGAGUGAGGUUAUCGCACACUUGGGAAUAAUAGCAUUUUUGAUUAAAAAAAUAUUUCUUGGCUAUUCCAUAUUCCAGAAAGCUGUUGUUUACUAUAGCAUAGCAUUUGUUUGUAAAUAGGGGUUUCAGUGUGACAAUGGGUAUACAGUUCCAUGACUUAAAAAGGUACAAGUGUCUCAUGAUGCAAUUAAAUGUCUGAAGUUUACUUGUUUUCUUUUUUUUCAGGAUCCAUGGGGUAUUUGUGCUGCUAGAAAUAAUGUUAACAGUAAUGUAAAAAUAAGAACCUGACAUUUCUGGUACUUAACAAAUUUAUAUGGGACACCGCCAUCCUUAGGAAUAAAUAAAAGAUGAAAUAUAUCUGUAGUUAAGACCUAAAGGGACUUGGAAUGAGGGAAAGCCAGAUCUAGUGUUUUGUGUUAUGGGUGGCUGAUAACGCCCCAACAAACCAGCCUUAGUUUUCUCUCCCCAUAGAUUAGAACAAUACAUAAGAUUCAGAUAUAAAAAUCUUGCCUAACCUUUUAUCAUGCAAUGUAUAUUGUUCUGAGCUAGUUUAAGGGAAAGAAAAGAGGGGAUUUGCCAACCUGUGUGGAGGCCCCUUGACCAGAAAAUGCCAUUGAUUUAAGUACAAAUGAGAUAUUAUACCUCCAGCUGUUUUUGAACCGCAACCCUUCGGUGGGAUACUAGAAGCUAUAGUACUAUAAAAGCUGUGGCAUUCAAGUGCACAUUCCUGAUUGACAACGUUCCUUCCUUUUCCUCUUCUCUAGCUAUGGGCCUGACAUUGUUCCAAAAUCAUAGAGUUGCAUCAUGUGGUAUCCUUCUGCCUGCAGAUGAUAUAUAGAAGCUAGUGACUAAUUGGUUCAUGAUUCAUUUGAUUAUAAUAGCACAGUGAAACCUUCACGCUCUUACAUGUGCUAAAAUAUGUAAUUUAGUUAACGGUGGGCUCUAAUAUUUAGCAUAAAAUGUAACAAAUUGUGGUCUCAGUUUCAUUUGCCUGAGACUUGUAAAGUAAAUUCCUUGUGUAUUCUGAGCCUUUCAGAAGUGAAGGCUACAAGCAAAGGCCAUGCUGUAUUAUGUAGUCACUCUAAUAUCAAGACAAAAGAGUUCAAUAAUGUAUGGAGAACUGCAAGUUGGACAACCCAUGAUGACCUGUGAACAUGGUGUCUUCAUGUAGCCUAAGAUAUUAAAGGAGAAACAAACCCUUAAUAAAAAAAACCCUACCCCCUACCCUACAUAGACCCCCUCCACCCACCUAGCUUCCCCCCCAGGCAAAUGCCCCUAACGCUUUACUUACCCCUCUGUGCAGAUUCUGUCCAGUGGAGUUCACGGACGCCAUCUUCAAUCUUUGGAUUGAGACCGGUGCUUCGCCAAUUUUCGUUUUGGUGCAUGCGCAGUUGUAGGCGAAGCAGAGAAAUGCUCCAACUACACAUGUGCUGCUUCGCCGGCCUCAUUCCGAAGAUUACCAAAGAGAAGAAGAUGGCACCCGUGAACGCCGCUGGACAGAAUCUGCACGAAGAGGGAAAGUAAAGAGUUAGGGGCAUUUGCCCGGGGGGCAGCUAGGUUGGGGGUCUAUGUAGGGUAGGGGGUUAGGGUUUUUUUUAUUAAGGGUUUGUUUCUACUUUAAGAUACAAUAUAAUCUUUUAAAAGUCCCCCCUUCAUGUACAAUUUACUAACUGAAGACACAUUUUACUUGCUGCUUCUCAGAAGGAUAGUACGAGAUUUACCAACAGUUACGAUAAAUGGUUAGAUGUGUUCCCUUUCCUCCUCAAUAAGUCUGUUCUAAAAGUCCAUAAUUUGUCAUUCUUUGAAAACGGGCAACAUGAGUGCUUUUAACAAUCCAUGCUUUAUGAUAACCUUGCCAAGGAACAUAUAUUAUUUGAAUUCAAGGAAAAACAAAUAUAUACGUAUAUAUAUAAAUAUACCUGUGUGUGCAAAUCAAUGCAAACUUUGGUGCUGUAUAAUUUACAUUCAUUUUUGUUAUGAAAUUAUUUAUUAUCAGAAAAAAUAUAAUGUAAGUUAAAGAUGUAAAUGAUUUACUUGAUUGAAAAAUAUAGUUGGCUUUCACCAGUUAUGUAUGAUCAUGUUUGAUGAUUAUCGUUUCAGUAAGAAAAGUAUUUACUGACUUGGGUAAAUUUCUUGUCAUUUAAAUAUGUGUAGUGUUUACUAUGUUGGUACAGGUAUGGGAUCCGUCAUCCGGAAACCCGUUAUCCAGAAAGUUCCGAAUUAUGGGAUGGCUGUCUCCCAUAGACUCCAUUAUAAUCAA